CCUAAAUCCAGGGCGUUAAACGUCCAGGCGAACCUGGAUGCAAAAAGGCGAUCGGAACCGAAGAGAGCAAGCAUGCAGCGCCACCUUGUUCGUCACGCAGCAGCGUCCAUCGCGGCCAUGACGAUGGCCUUCUCCGUGGCCUCAUGCCAGAAGGAGCGCGUCUACGAGAGCGGCGAGGUCCUCGGGCGUGGCGUCAAGCUCGAGCUGUGGAAGGCCAAGCACAAGAACGUCGAGGUGCUCGACCUCGAGAGCGAGACAAUCCAGACGGGCAUGACGCACCUGCGCGACUACGCCUCGUCGGGCGCCAAGUUUAUGCACUGCGCCGACAAGCUUAUUCGCAACGUGCUCGAGGCCGCGUUGACGCAGCUGCCCAACGAUGAAGACGCGGUGGUCACGACGCCCCUCGGGUACAAGGCCAAGGGCGUCGACUACGAAGACAACGUCAAGGUCUGCGGUAUCGCGCUUUGCGACGACAAGCUGUGCACGGAGCGCCUUGAGCAUCUGUUGGCGUCGACGCUUCCGUUCGACUCUACGAUCGGUGCAAUCAAGCUCCAGGACAAUGCGAUUGCAACGGCAUCGCUGCCCGACGACCUUGAAGAGAGCUUUGUCGUGCUGCUGCACCCGGACUUUGCCUCGUUCGAGAACGUGCAGCCCGUCAUCAAGUUGCUGCUCAAGAAGGGCGUCGAGCCCGACCACAUCCAAGUCGUUUCGCUUGUGACGUGCCCCGCGGCGGCCGACCAAUUCUGCAAGGUCUUCCCGGACGUCAAUCUCGUCACAGCUUCGUACGACGCAGCGUCCGACAGCCAAGGCCGCAUUGUGCCUGGCAUUGGCAACUUUGAAGCGCGCUACAUCGGAAACGACGGCCCCGUCUCGGACGAGCCGCCGAGCGUCGACCCUGCGACCGAGGCCACCAGCGGUAGCAGCAGCUGGUGGCCCUUCAAGUAAAUCAUUGCGUGCAUUGGAGAAUAGAGCCAUAUCGGCCAUGUCCUAACCGCGUGAAUCGAGUCCGUUGGCGCGUAUGCUGCUGACGCAGGGUGACUUCCUUUGGGUGCGGGUGACUUCCUUUGGGUGCACUCGACUUUGAUGCUGACAACAACUACCGAGUACAUAUGGCCACACA